ACGAGAGAAGCAAAAAUCCUUAUGGCUUGCAUUUAAUAAAGUCACGUUUUGUGUAAACCCAACGAAAAAUAGUAAUUAUUUGUGGCAAGUCACAAAGCGAGUAACAAGCCAAAAACAAACAAAAAUACACAAGAAAAAAAAUAAAAGAAGAGAAAAACAGCACCGAAAAAUGUACUGCCUAUUGCAAUAAAUUAGAAAAGUUACGUGAAAAUAUUCCAGAUUCCAGCUAAGAAUGACAGAUGAAAAACACAUAAAGAAAACUUUUUGCACUUGGAAAAGCAAAAACAGCAACAACAACAGCAACAUCCAUUACUAUUUCACAAAAGCAAAAAAGAAAAACUUUGCUCUCUUAGACAACUUUAAGGCGAUAAAUGUUUUUGGUUCUUAACAAAUAAUUUAUAAACAUUAUUUUGUUUUUGUCAUUUUCUUUGGUGAGCUCUCAAAACGAUUUGCCUUGGCAAUCAACCCCUACGCCCCCUCGGUCAUAGGUCAUGGUGGUGGCAAUGAAAAAGUGAAAACUUUUUCUCACAACAUCGACAGAGAGGGGAAACACGGAAAAUCAAUGCUUCCGCUGUGGGACAUAAAAAGCAGCAACAACGGAAUGAAAUAAAAAAAAGAAAACAACGGAAGAAUUGGGAAAAAACUAUAACAAAGGGAAAUAUUGUUUUUUGACGACCCCCAUCUACUUGAGGUGAUAAUUAAACGGAAAAAAUUCGAAGAAACCCAUUUUUUUCGUUUUGUUUACUGGUGCUGAGUAAGGAAAGAAAAAAAAAAGAAAACGACCAAUUAGGCGACUGUAUCCAAAACACUCGCAUUCUAGUGACAACGCACAAAAGUUUGGCAGCUGAAAUUGAAGAACAAAUAAAUUCUUCUUCAAGUUUGAGAUUCCUUCUUUUUUAUUGCCUACCUCGGUCAAAGCUCCCCUUCCAACCAGCAAGGGUAACCAGCAGGAGGUGCUGUACCACAAGAUUGUGGAUUAUUGUGAAAGUAAUACGUUGACGUUUUGAUUCCCUCCCAUUCAGCUGGAAAUCUUCAAAUCAUCCAAUCGAGCUAGCAAACAAACAUCCCUGAAGUCGAAAAAAAAAUGUCAGAUUUCUCAUCGCUGGAGAUGGGUUCGGUCGAUAGGCCACCCAACCGCUUUCAAGUGAAUCCCGUCAAUCACAAAAACAACAAUGACAAGACACCAUCGAAUGUGGGUGGUGAUGAUGUGCCGCACGAAGUGUAUCGCCGCCUAACAGGCAGUGAUGGUGAGCCUCUCGAGGACGACACAUUCAAUGAGGAUGCCUCCCAAAUGAUCAAAGCCCAGCCCAAACAACAAAGACAAUCCAUAAAGAGCAGUUUUCGUGACAAAGAUAAACCAUCGCGUUUCAAGGACCUGCAGACCACACGCUUCCAAGUGGAGCCACAAAAUGAGGAAUCCGAUGACUCUAAUGAGGAUCGUGAACUUUUGGAUAAUGAGUAUGACACAAAAUAUGGCAAAAGUUUUCGACAUUUUACCCGCGAAGCCUUGCCACGUUUGGAUAACUAUCGCAAUAUUAUGUCCAUACAAGCUGCCUACCGUCCAACGUUGGAUGAAUUGCAUAAUGCCACCUUGACAGGAAAGAAUACUCACAGCUUGAACCGCAAUGAUGACCCUGAAGCUGGUGGUGCUGCUGCCAACGGUAUGCUGAAAUUUGGCUGGAUUAAAGGCGUCCUUGUGCGAUGCCUUCUCAACAUUUGGGGUGUCAUGUUGUUCUUGCGUCUCAGUUGGGUGGUGGGUCAAGCGGGCAUAUUUGAGGGGUUUGUCCUGAUUUUAACCACAACAGUUGUUACCAGCAUCACUGCACUCUCCAUGUCGGCGAUUAGUACAAAUGGUGUCAUCAAGGGAGGUGGCACCUAUUAUAUGAUAUCACGUUCAUUGGGUCCGGAAUUUGGUGGCUCCAUUGGUUUGAUAUUUUCCUUGGCCAAUGCUGUGGCUUGUGCCAUGUAUGUGGUGGGCUUCUGUGAAUCCAUGCUGGAUUUGUUGGCUUCCAUGGGUCUCAGCAUUGUGGAUGCAGGCAAAAACGAUAUUCGCAUUAUUGGCAGUGUUACCAUAUUGAUAUUGCUGAUUAUAGUCGUCGUUGGCAUGGAGUGGGAGGCCAAGGCACAAAUUGGCCUGCUGGUCAUAUUGUUGGUGGCCAUUGCAGAUUUCAUGAUUGGCAGCUUCAUAGGACCCAAAAGUGAAGAGGAACGUGCCAAGGGAUUCCUAGGCUAUAACAUGACUUUGUUUGAACAAAACUUUUGGCCUGACUACCGCACCGAGAACGAGGUGAAACAUGAUUUCUUUUCGGUGUUUGCCAUAUUCUUCCCAGCAGCCACGGGUAUUUUGGCGGGAGCCAACAUCUCAGGUGAUUUGAAGGAUCCGCAAAAAUCCAUUCCCAAAGGCACUCUAUUGGCCAUAUUAAUAACAACAGUGACCUACCUGAUUAUGGUCGUAAUGGCAGGAGGCACCAUGGCACGUGACGCCACCGGCAAUGUUACCGACAUGAUUAAUGGUUCAUUCGCCUUUUUGGACUGCAUGCCAGAGACUGAAUGUAGAUUCGGUUUGUCCAAUUCCUUUCAGGUAAUUGAAUUGGUCUCUGGCUUUGGUCCCCUUAUAUACGCAGGCUGUUUUGCUGCCACACUUUCAUCCGCUUUGGCCAGUUUGGUGUCGGCACCAAAAGUUUUCCAGGCUUUGUGCAAGGACGAACUUUAUCCCAAAAUUGUUUGGUUUGCUAAAGGCUUUGGCAAAAAUAAUGAACCCGUUCGAGGCUAUGUCCUAACAUUUAUUAUUGCGGUGGCUUUCAUUUUAAUUGGAGAGCUGAAUCUCAUAGCCCCAUUGAUAUCGAAUUUCUUCUUGGCUGCCUAUAUGUUGAUCAACUUCAGUACAUUCCAUGCCAGUUUGGCCAAGCCAGUGGGCUGGCGUCCAACAUUCAAAUAUUACAACAUGUGGCUGAGUCUCGUGGGUGCCAUACUUUGUGUUGCUGUCAUGUUCUUAAUAUCCUGGGCCACUGCCUUGAUCACAUUCGCCGUGGUAUUGGCCUUGUACUUAAUCGUGGCUUAUCGCAAGCCCGACGUUAACUGGGGCUCAACCACUCAGGCCCAAACUUAUAAAAAUGCCCUGCUCUCUGUGCAACAGUUAAACAAUGUCGAGGAACACGUCAAAAAUUAUCGCCCCCAAAUCCUGGUGCUGUGUGGCUUGCCCAACACCCGUCCAGUGCUGGUGGACUUUGCCUACAUGCUCACCAAGAAUCUGUCUCUGAUGGUGUGCGGUCACGUAUUGCGUGGCAGUAGCUCCGGCAGCAGUUCACAACGUUAUCGCAACUAUCUGCAAGAACGUGCCACCAAUUGGUUCCGUCGGCAUCGUGUCAAAGGCUUCUACUCUCUGGUGGAUGGUGAAGAUUUUGAAUCUGGCUCGCGUGCUUUAAUGCAGGCUUCCGGUAUUGGAAAACUGAAACCCAAUAUUGUAUUAAUGGGCUACAAAACGGAUUGGCAGUCCUGUGAGCACAAGGAUUUAACGCAAUACUUUAACAUUAUACACAAGGCUCUGGACAUGUACUUUUCCGUGGCUAUACUACGUGUUCCAAAUGGUUUGGAUUGUUCGCAAAUAUUGGGCGACGAGAGCAGUGCCCAGCGGAAUAUGUUGGAUGUGCCACGUACCUUGCAGCCCAACGAAAGCUCUGCCGACCUCAACUCAGUAGAACGUACCGCACAGAAUGGUUUGAGCGGCAGCAUGGAUUCGUUGAGUCGCAAUGUAUCCCAAGAUGCUGCUACAAUGAAUACCAACAAAAACGGAAUUAAAAAAGCCUCCAGCACUAGCGAUUUGUCAUUUGUAGCUGGUGCCCAGACUAAAGAAGUGUCCGGUUUACCAGAUCCUGCUGAUCCCAAAACGGCUCCCCUCUUGACGAAUUCUUUGCGUAAAUCGAAGACAAAACACGAUGACCCCGCCGCCUUGUAUAAGGGUCCCGGAGGCGUUGAACUGCCCAAGGAUGUGCUAAAUCAAUUGAGUCUCUUUACCCGCAAACGUAGUCAUGCCGUCAUUGAUGUCUGGUGGCUGUAUGACGAUGGUGGUCUCACGCUGCUCUUGCCAUACAUCAUCAGUACACGCCGCACUUGGCAAUCAUGCAAAUUAAGAGUUUAUGCUUUGGCCAACAAAAAAGCCGAAUUGGAAUUUGAGCAACGUUCAAUGGCCAGUUUAUUGUCGAAAUUCCGCAUUGACUAUUCGGACUUGCAGCUAAUACCAGACAUUACAAAGAAGCCACAGGAAUCCUCAACACAAUUCUUUAAUGAACUAAUUAAAGACUUUACGGUUUCCGAAAAGGAAACCAAUAUUCAACUGCAAGAAGAUAAUGUUGCCAUUACGGAAGAUGACAUGAUAGCCGUUCAGGAUAAAACGAAUCGCUAUUUGCGUCUACGUGAAUAUUUACAAGAACAAUCAACUAAAUCCGAUUUGGUUGUAAUGACGUUGCCCAUGCCACGCAAGAACUUUGUGACGGCCCCCCUCUACAUGGCCUGGCUGGAGAGUGUUAGUCGUGACAUGCCGCCAUUCCUAUUCGUACGUGGCAACCAGACAAGUGUUCUGACAUUCUAUUCGUAAGCCAAGAGGAAGAUGUUGAGGAAGGAGGAAGACGAAAAGUUUAAAUAAAGCGCAAAUAACAACAACAACAACAACUACACAAUAGCCAUCGAGAAAAAUAAUAAACAGUAACAGUAACAGCAACAAGCCACAAUCAUAGACAAAAAUGACCAGGAAUGAAAUUUGGCCCAAAGGCCGGAUGUAGGAAACGGAAGUAAGCCAUAAAAACGGUUUCUCCACCAGAGAAUAACAAAACCACAAUAACAGUGACAACCACAACCUUACACUAUAUGCAUAGGCAAUAAGUUUGAAGAGCAUAAAGAGACAUUUUUAUUAUUAUGAUUUUUUUUUUAUUUACGUUUUUACUUUGUUUAGUUGUAUUCGUUAAAAAUAGCUCCACACACCACACACACACACGUAUAUAUAUAAAUAAAACAUAAAUAUUUAGACUAAAUAUAUCAACCGGACAGCAUUCAUAAUAUUUUGUGUAUUAAAGCAAAACAAAAAAAAAGAGUUUUUAGUGUUUACCUCAAUGACGAUUUAAUUAAAUAACAAAAAAAAAAAAUUGAAAAAAUUCUCAAAAUUAUUUUUUUUAGUUUUAAGCAUAAAUCAGACAAGGUUCUAAUAUUUUCUAAUCGCUUAAAGUUUUUUUUU